AUGUUUAGAUUCAAUCGUUUUUCUUCACUUCGGAAACAAUUGACUAGACAAUUCACCAAGUAUCCACCAACAAUGGUCUUGAGUAAACAUAUUGACGCAUACAACUUGGAGUAUGAGCUUUUAAAGGAUACCAAAAAGGUCAAAUUGAGUCCUGACGAAUUCAAUGACGCGUACAAUUCGUCAAAAUUGGCUCCAAGAUAUGUUCUUCCCAAGAAUUCGGCCGAUGAAGCUGAGAUUUACAAGUAUAUGAAUCAGGAUUUGUCCUUGGAUGGGAUCCCCACUUUGAACUUGGCUUCUUUUGUCAACACGUAUGUCAAUGAUUACCAAACGAGAUUGGCUGCCGAGAAUUUGACCAAGAACUUGGCUGAUAAUGACGAGUACCCUUCUUUGAUGGACCUUCAAAAUAGAUGUGUUACCAUGUUGAGUAACUUGUGGCAUGCACCUUACAAGAAAGACCAGAAGACUGGUGCCAAGAUUGUCAAUUCUUUGGGAACCGCAACCACCGGCUCAUCUGAGGCUAUUAUGUUGGCUGGUUUAGCUUUGAAAAAGAGAUGGCAAGAAAAAAGAAAAGCUGAAGGUAAAUCUACUGAAAAUCCAAACAUUUUGAUGGCCACUUGUGCUCAAGUUGCUUUGGAAAAGUUUGCCGUUUAUUUUGAUGUUGAAAAUAGAUUGAUUCCAAUCAACCCCGAAUCGGCUCAUUUGAUCGACACGACCAAGAUUAAGGAAAAUAUUGAUGAAAACACAAUUGGAAUUUUCGUAAUUAUGGGUUCCACCUUCACCGGUGCUUUCGAACCAGUUGAAGAGAUUUCCAAGAUUUUGGACGAAGUUGAAGAGGAGAAAGGAUUGGAUAUUAGAAUUCAUGUUGAUGGUGCAAGUGGUGGAUUCGUCGCUCCAUUUGCUUUCCCACAUUUGAAAUGGGAUUUUGCUAUUGAUCGUGUUGACUCUAUAAACACCUCAGGUCAUAAAUUUGGUUUGACUUCAGUUGGAUUGGGUUGGGUUAUUUGGAAAGAUGAGAGUCUUUUGCCAAAGAACUUGCGUUUUAGUCUUGAUUACUUGGGCGGUGUUGAAGAAACUUUUGGUUUGAAUUUCUCAAGGCCUGGAUUCCCAGUUAUUUUGCAAUACUACAACUUCUUAACAUUGGGUGUUGAAGGGUACACCAAGAUUUUUGAUGCCUGUUUAUCCAAUGCCCGUUUGCUCUCUGAAUACUUGGACAAGACUAGUUAUUUCGAUGUGGUUUCAGUCAUUCAUAAGCCCGCCAGCGAUGCCGACCAAAAGAAGUUACUCACUAGAGAAGUCAAAGACUUGCCUAAACCAACAGUCAAUGAAGAAUUCCAACCUGGUUUGCCAGUUGUUGCUUUCAGAUUCUCCGAGGAGGUCAGAAGAGAUUACCCCGAGAUUCCUCAAGAAUUGUUUUCAACCUUGUUGCGUAAACGUGGUUUCAUUGUUCCAAACUAUCACUUACCACCUGAUGAGACCGAUGUUGAGAUUUUGCGUGUGGUUGUUCGUAACUCUCUUGGAUUGGUCCUUUUGGAGAAAUUGAUUGAAGAUUGUACUGAUAUUGCUGAGUUGUUGAUUAACGCUGCCAAAUCAGUUAGAGAAAUCUUGUCAAACAAGGAAGAAGCUUCCAAACACAACAAAUCUACCAUUCAUGACUUGUUGUUGAGUAUUGCUUCUGGUGGUCUUCAACCACUUAGACAAAAGCAGCAUGAGAAGGACGGACAUAAAGCUGGUGUCGCCAAAAAGUCCUAUCGUGGAACUUGUUAG